AUGUACUGGUUACUGUACAUAACACUACGAAGUCGUUGGCUUGUUUGCGCCUUCAUCGGUUACGAAUGGAUUAUGACUGUCGUCAGUAGUUUCGUCCGCUAUGAGGACCUUAACUCAUUAGCUAAGAAUGGCUCAUUAGGAGGCCAUAUCAGUUCGCCCACAAUCACCACCUUCUCCAAUUUACCAGCACAAUUAGUAGUAGCCAACCCCGCGUUCCUUGAGACUGUGGGGAAGCUCGACGUCCAGGACACUGAGAUUGAAGCACCCAUGUCAGCGUCUCAGGUGCUUCGGACGCGUCGAACAGCCAUCAUCGACUUGUCCGAGACCAUCGACGACAAACGCGGCAACUUUGGAACAUGCAAAGAAAACAGUUAUGCUCAGCCGGUGCAAGGACAAGACUCCGACGCCUACAAUGACAAUGAGACUGACGAGGAAAGCUACGCGAAUUGCCAAUCUCCACCGAGUUUGGUUGUCUGUCGAGACGGCUCGAGAUCGUCCGCAUACGUGUGA